CGUAAUAGGUCCGACAAAUCUGAAUUUUCCAACAAAUAGGUCAACUUAUUGAUAACAGAACCAUCACGAUGAACUCCCUCUGUGUUGCUGUCUUCGCUGUUACAGGUAUUAUAGCUGUAUAUUCGGUUUGUCCCGUGGACUGGGCGGAGUAUAAAGGAGAAUGCAUGUACUUUGGUCAUGACAGAAGAUCCUGGCUAGACGCAGAGAAUCACUGUCGGAAAUUACAGGCAUAUCUGGUGACGGAUGACAAUCCCGAUAAACACAGCUUCCUUUCCAAAGUUGCGAGCGUUCUUCACUCAAUACGCCAAACUGCCUUUUGGAUCGGCGCCAGCGAUUACACAAUUGAGGGUUCGUUCCGUUGGUUGGAGACGGGGUACCCGAUAGGGAAUUUCUCCGCCUGGGGGGCCGGAAAACCGACCAGAAACGAUACCAACAACUGCGUCCGCCUGUUUUACAAUGGCGAUCAAUUCAAGUGGGAAGAUAUCAACUGCAACGAUCGGACUACCUACUUCAUUUGCGAGCGUCCAGCUCCGGGAAGUGCCUCCGCAACAACGGAGAGUGCUCUCGUCAUCGGAAAAUGAAAUGUACACUUUGUGCUUAUCAAUGGUGAAAUAAAUCGAAUAUGACUUAUA